CAACAAACAACAAACACUGUAGAGGAGCCACUUGACCUCAUCAGACUCAGUCUAGAUGAGCGAAUCUAUGUCAAAAUGAGGAACGACAGAGAGCUCAGAGGCAGACUACAUGCAUAUGAUCAGCACUUAAAUAUGAUUUUGGGUGACGUGGAAGAAACUGUGACUACAAUAGAGAUUGAUGAAGAAACCUAUGAAGAGAUUUAUAAAUCCACCAAAAGGAAUAUUCCGAUGCUCUUUGUCAGAGGUGACGGCGUUGUGCUUGUAGCUCCCCCGUUGAGGGUUGGUUGAAGCAGCAGAGGAUUUAACCUUGUUGGAGAGUUUCAGGCUUUUGGACGAUGGUUCUUGUCU